AACUGAACAUACCUUUGUCACAGCCGCACAAACAAUGCUUACAUGACCCUUUUCCAAUACCUUACAAAAAGUACAGAUUUUCAACUUCUUUAUUUAUUCUGUGAUUGUAGUCUGCAACACCCAGGAUGACACACUGUAGUAUGUUGAUAUCAUUGGUAUUUGUUAUCAGCAUCAAUCUUAGUUUUGCGCAGCAUGAUUUGAUAUGUCGGUCAUGUGACAAGGCAACAACGCUCUCCGACUGUCCACAUCGGAUAAUUUGUGACAACACAAUGGAGGAAUGCUUCAUAGACAAAGUGAUCACAAACUCUCUUACAGUUGUCUUCAAUGCUGGAUGCCGAGCUAAAUCGAUAUGCAAGCUUGCAUCAUUGGUUGGCAGAAAACGGGACAUGACUGCGUGCUCAAGAUGCUGCAAUUCGCAUGACUGUAAUAGGGCACUUUGCGGAUUAACACAUGGUAUGGACAUAUAUACACUUGCUUUACAACUUGGCGGAAUAAUGUUUGUUUGUUUGUUUGUUUGUUUGUUUACUUGCGUUCUUAUACAAAACAUAUUACGAGUUUUUGUUACGUUUUCUUUUGAUGAAAUUUUCCGAAUAUAAUAGAGUAGAUCAGAA